CAUAGGGUCCAUCAAUUUAUCACGUUACUAGCGCUUCUGUUCAGUGACUAUUGAGUAAUAAUGGAAGCAAGACAGCAGAACGGUUGGGGAACACCCCAGCUAAGAUGAAAUUCGCCUUCUGUUUUAAUCUGUUAGCAGUAUGACAACAGGCAAUUGGUAUCAUGGACGGGAUACGUUGACUAUACGUGUUCAUCGGUUACUAGAGGAAACACCCUUGUGUGAAUACAGAGGCAGUUCGUGUAAGUCAAGAUAGACUUACCAGUUUGAAAAUUGUUUCAUUAUUAAACUGCAAAAUGAGAAGGAGAACAUGUCGAAGAUGCCUGAUUGAACUUACGUAUAUAAUUGUCUAAAAUGCAGAUAGAGAAACGUCACUAACGCCCCCUCUCGCAAAUUUUUAGCUAGGUAAGCUCAUUUAGCUCGUUAACAAUUAGUCCAGCUCAUGCUCUACUCCAUAUUUAAUUGUCAUUUGACGUUUGAAUACUUGAUUGAGCGUCCAAAGUUAACUGUGAUUCGUCUGCGUCAGUGAGAUUUGCGUUGAUCUAAUGGAAGACAACUGUAAAUAUGCACGUCAGCGCAAGCACAGAGUCCGUAGUCCUGCGGAUACCUUCUGUUAGGGACCCUUCAUAAUACCUGUUCAAGGAUUUUAACAGGAGGUGCUUAGCGUGGGCAAACUUCGACACGACCCAGCUAAACAGAUUUUGUGUGUCCUCGUGAGAUGGCGUAUCGGUAAGGCGUUUGCCUGUUAAACAUAGAAACAGGUAAGGUUGUCUUGGUUCGAGACAGGCACGGGGCCCGUUCCGCGCUACUGAAAGAGGCCUUUGGCAGUGAGAAGCGGCAACACAGAAAAAACUCACUUGUGGGAUCGGACCUACAAUUCGAAACAUGUAGUUAGGUAGAUUUCGUCUAGAUAUUGCAUCGCUGAAGAGAAGAGCUCAGACAUAACCUAAUGCUCUUUAGUUCUUUAAUAUGAUAUGGGCAAAAUCUAAUUUAGUUUUAAUCCUCAACAAAUGGCGAGCGUUUCACUCAAUUUGGACACUUACAGGGCAUUCUGGUGUUCAACACGUUGGAGCCUGGCUACAACACUUCUGCCACAGGCAACCCAAUGCUUUUCAUCAAAAUGACAGAUCUGAUUCAUCUCUAGUAACUCGCAAACGUUCGUUCUUUCAUUUUGCAGCCUGUGUUCCGUGAUGAGUCAACUACAGCGACAGCGAUCUGGGUCUUCCGCGGCGAUGCUGAACGCCCUGUCGGGCUUGCUUAAUCUUGCGGCAACGCCACAAAUCUCCAAUAAGCAGGUACAAAAUCCGGAACCAUCAAGCGGCAGUCCAUCGACAACUACCAACCUUCUAAAUGUACUAAGUUAUGCGGGCGACAUUUUGAACGCAGUCAACCAUGAUUCAACAACGGCCGCGCCUGUCGUCACAAGGUCUCCGUUGAGCCAAGUGCUCUCAGCGCUCACAGGUGCGAGCGGAGCGAGCUCGGCAAACCCCUCACCAAUUGUUCAGGUCCUCGAUUUCAUGACAUCCGAAUCUUCACCAGUAAAACUUCUUGCCAAUAUGUAUACCAACAGUAACCGCUAUAAAAAGCAAUCCGAUGAGUCUAUUGAGAAGGUGUACGUUAAGGGUGACAAGCCUGAGCAGGCUUCUCGUAGCGGAAGUUCUCUGCCACCGACGCCCUGUCCGUCGAUGGAGGAAUACGUUACCCCAGUAUACGCCCGAAACUAUCAGGGCGUAUGGAAAUACGUGGUCCAAAUUCCGCAAGAAGGAUACCUAACACAAACUAUCCAGCAAACAACCUGCAUGUCCCAGACAUGUGAUUUUGUUGAGAACGGCUUAUGUCAUGAAAGCCCACGUUGGGUUUCACUUCUCGUAGCUGAAAUUUUCUACCCUGACGCUGUAAGAACGCGCUCGCUGGGGCGUUUAGCCGUCCAACAGGUGUUUGAAGGUCAGCCUGUUUGA